UGCUUCUGCUCGGGUUGUUUGCCUUGCCACUCAUUUCAAGAAAACACGACACUCAUCAUCCAUUCUUUUCUUUCAUUCUUUUAGUCCAUUUUUUUGUGCGUUUACCAAUCUCUUGUUGCUAAUCCAAUGUACCGCCUCUUUUUCUCGUUCCUCGUGGCCCUGUGUAUGUACAUGCACUGCGCGGUCGCUGCAUCAACCCCGCAUGAAAUUGCCAACUCUCUCAAUGAACUAGCACAGCAGGGAUUCGCCACCAAGAAUCUGGUAUUGGAAAUCAAUUCCACUGCAGACGCUGGUCCAAUUCCGGUAAGUGGGGGCUUUUUGGUCCAUAUGGCAGCUCUUAAUGAGAUUCAGGAUGUGUAUACCGAGAUGGACACGAUGGUCGCUGUGGUCCUAACAGAUGUAAAAUUCAUGACGAACACGGCGACCAUUACCGAUCAGACGGAGCAGCAGGAUGUCUAUGAGGGAUACUCAAAUUUCGUACAAUCCCUCCUCGAGCUCAUGGACGCCUUUUCGAGCAGCGCAUCCCAGCUGAAACACAUCAACCAAGAAACCAAGACCAGAGUUCCCGCUGAAAUUCGCAUCUUGCAAAGUGCUGUUGACGCCUACUUCUAUAACAUCAUCGGUCUCUUCCCAGCAAACAGCUCGUACAACGCCCAAGCCAACAACCAGAAAGCACAGGUGGAUACGCAUUGCUUCCAGGCUGUCUGGGCAUUUGAUCGCGGUAAUAGCAAUGGUAGUCAGGCUACUUAUCAAGCGCGCGGCGGCAGCUCCCUUCACGGUCGAUGGAUGAAGCGCGAUACCUCUGGAAAGUAGACAUUUCUAAUUUUGAAUAUCACCUGGUUUGAUAGUCCCCACUGCUGGACCUGGUAGAUGGGUACCCCGGCCCAUGGGCAACGCACUUGGUUCGGCUUUUGCGCAAACUCUCCUUGUGCUAUUUGACAACUAUAAAGUUCUAUCAAUAAUCUUAAAAUAACUUUUAGUCUAAACAUGU